AUGGAUACGCCAUCAAGUUUGAUGGCAAAAAUGUUGAGCACUAUCAACGCUAAACCAGAGAAAAGUAGGGAGUUAGAGAGCUCAAUCUGCAUAGCAAAACGAGCCAGUUUCUACCGUGAAGUUACCAAGGAAUUUAUUCCUAAUGAAGAACACUUAGACACGGAUAUGUUAUUCAAAAACGAAAAUUUCAUGAGUGAUUUCCGCGAGGAACCCUGCGAAGGCGUAGCACAGACCUCGAAAUUUAUCUCGACUAAUACGCUGCUCGAAAAACAAUUAAUUAUAUCUCAUAGUAAGGAUGAGAAGUGCUUGGAACCAUCGACAGGUGCUAGUCGAUGCCGUUGUGACAUUUACGAUGAUAUCCAAAAGAAAUGGACAUACUGUAAAAAGUCUAUAUCUGAUAAAUGCCACACCCCUAUCGUAAUGAUAAAGAAUUUACGUUCUUCUUUAUUUGGACCCUCGUGCACUAAAUCGACAUGCCCGAACAAAAUAGACAAAAAACCUAAAACAGUAAUAAUAAAAGAAAAUAAAAAGAUCAAAAUGCCUAGUAUAAUGUCGAAGAAACAUAAACCUGUUUCAAGUCAGACUGAUAAGAAGGGCAAAUCGAAACAGGGGCAGAUAGCCGUACAAACAAAUCCGAGGAAGAAUAAAGAAACGCAACUGACAGAAGAUUUUGAUAUUGAAAAGUGCAUCGAACAAGAAAUGAAGAAAAAAUUGGCCGCCGUAAAUUCUUCAGCGAAUUUUGACGCAGAUGCUUGCAAGAAGCAAAUGAAGAUGCUCAUAGAUUGUUUGAAUAAGGAAACAGAAAAAAUGGCGAAAGCAGGAAAAUCUAGUAAGCCAGGAACACCAGGGACACAAUCUCCAGUUAAGAAAGAUAAAGGAAAAGCAGGGAAAGGAGACAAAGCAGCAGUAGCAGGAAAAACAGGAAAAGCAGAGCCCGAGAACACUUGUGCUUGUCCAGAUUCCACAGCAUCAACACCAGGAAAAUCUGGUCGUCAACCACCAAUGGCACAAUCGCCAGCAUCAACAAAAUCGUCGAGACCUGGAUCAGGAAAAAGUAGUAAGACAGGGUCGCCAGGGUCACAAUCUCCAACUAAGCCAGAUAAAGGAAAAGCAGGAAAAGUAGGAAAAGCUGAAAAACCGGCAAAACCUCCAAAACCACCAAAACCAGCAAAACCAGCAAAACCUGAAAAAGCAAAAAAACCUGAAAAAGCAGCCAAACCAGUAAAAGCGGUAAAAGAGCCUGAUAACACUUGUUGUUGUCCAGACUCCUCAGAAUCUUCACGGGAAACUCCAAAGAAAUUGAAGCAAUCACCAGGAGAAUCCGAGAGUCCAUCACCUCGAGUACUAUCGCCAACUUCACAAAAAACACCGAAAACUGGAGUAGGAAAGUCAAAGCAUGAUAAGGGUCAAACAUCAGGGACACAAACGCCAACUUCAACAAAAGUGAUAAAACCUGGACCAGGAAAAUCAAAAGGUGGAUCACCAGGGACACAAUCGCCAGCUUCAAGAAGAAUGUCGAAAUCCGGAUCAGGAUCAGGAUCAGGAAAAUCAGCGUAUGAUGAGUGCCUACCUUCAGGGGCACAAUCGCCAACUGGACGUGACGCCGUAGUCGACAAAAAACCGCCGAAAUCUGGACCAGGAAAAUCAAAAGGUGGAUCACCAGGGACACAAUCGCCCAAAGGAAUAUCAUCGUAUGAAUCGUCAGGGUCAGAAUCGCCAGCUGAAUGUGAAGCCUUAGUCGAUAAAAAGACGCCCAAACCUGGACCACAAAAACCAAAAACUGGAUCACCAGGGACACUAACCCCAGCUUCAAGAAAAAUGUCGAAAUCCGGAUCAGGAAAAUCAAAUUAUUCUGAUGAGUGUCUACCUACCCCACCAGGGGCACAAACGCCAACUGAAACAAAACCACCGAAAUCUGAAACAAAACCACCGAAAUCUGAAACAAAACCACCGAAAUCUGAAACAAAGCCACAGUAUAUCGAUGAGUGUCUACCUCAAUCACCAGGUACACAAACUCCAACAAAGACGCCAACUUCAGCGAAAACACCAACUCCAACAAAGACCCCAACAUCAGCAAAAACCCCUACUCCAACAAAGACGCCAACAUCAGCGAAAACACCAACUCCAACAAAGACGCCAACAUCAGCGAAAACACCAACUCCAACAAAGACGCCAACAUCAGCGAAAACACCAACAAAAACACCAACUUCAGCAAUAACACCAACUUCAACAAAAACGCCGAAAUCUGGACCAGGAAAAUCAAAGUGUGAUGAAGGGGUUGUGUCACCAGGGAUACAAACUCCACCUAAGCGUGACGUCGCACCUGAUAAAAAACUGAAGAAAUCCGAUUCAGGAAAAACAUGCUGUUCACCGGUUUGUCCGGCGACACGGGCUCAAUCGAAGCAUGGGAUUAAAAAACCAACAAAACCAACAAAACCAACAAAACCAACGAAACCAACAGGCCUGAAAAUUGAAAAGAAAAAGACAGCGAACCAAGGAACAAAUGCUAAGCCUGACACUAAAUGUGGAGGGUGUCAGGUGGAAGGCUCCUGUCACUUCUGCAGUAAGAACGCAGUUGUACGCUUUGAAAAAUUACCUAGAUGCGCCCUUUCAAUUAAUACUGCCGUGGGAUCGUCAUCUGUACGGAAUUUGCGUGACGAAGGAAUUCAAGGCUGUACACAGGAGACAUGCACUUGUGCGACUCAACACGAAUUUCCAUUCGGUAAAAAGGCAGCGACUACAAUCACCCCUUUCGUCGUCAGCUCCUUUACUCUAGACGACGAGUAUCAUCUUGGAACUAAGAAGAAUCAACACAGACGUAUGGCCCACAAAGGUACCUACUUUUCGAAACAUCGAAGGAAGAAGAGCAAAGAUGCGAAAUCGGGAGUGUCCAAACGGGAUCAAAAACUUUCCCUAGAAAGUAGCUUAUUUUUUUUAAAUCGCAGCUCGCACGCGACAAGAGAAUUGACUGACGUUUUUACAGACACAGUGUCUGACUCUUCUAUCAGUUCCAUAUCGAUCAGAAGUGAUGAAAAGACACACACUGACACAACAGUGUGCAGCCUAGCCACCGUCGACUAUGAAGACAAUCCAAGACUCAGAAAAUUUCGUGUAAAAGUCGUCACAAAAACCAAUCAAUCCACCAUUACAGACAAAACUAGACUCUGUGACACAGGCACUGUUACACAAGAUUGGUGGAGUCCGUUAGUAGAAAGAAAGAGUGAAGAAAUUAUUCUAGAGAAGAAGAAAGGGUAUAUGAUUGAGAAGCAGAAGAGAGAUAAGAGGGAUUUGAAGCAGUGGAGGGAGUUGAAGGAGUUGAGGGAUAUUCAGAAGAGGAGGAGAACCUGUGGAGUGACGACCGACGGUAGGAUCGUUACUUUUAGGAGUAGGACGCAGAUUAUACCUACGGGUUUCGUACCCGGCGUCAAUGAUAUCAUGUCUCCGUCUCGUUAUCUCCUUGAAUCUCAAAGGUACUACAAUGAGCUCUUUGCCUACAACUUCCUUCCUGCUCAAAUGGAGUUCAACUGCGUCUCUCAAAUACCAAGGUAUCAGGAAAAGGAGAAGUUGCGAUCUCCCUUGGGUACAAGAAGAAAUCACCAUCGCAAAACAAAAAGGCUGGAAGAUUGCUACUCUCCAAGAAGACAAAUAUCUCCAAGGAAAUGGUUCCCAGAACCAGAAUCUCCUCGUAGAAGACACACUCCUAGACAUACAAACCAUCGACAUUAUUCAAAAUAUUACUCACCGAGAAAAUACAAAUGA